AUGGUGUCGAAGGGUUUACAGAUGGUGGGCUCCACACGAAGGAAGCGCAUCGUAUUGGUUGUUUUUCUUGUGUUUGCUGUACUAUUCAUAGCUUGGAUAAAUAAACAACCCAAACGAAAAGAACUAACAUUCCAGCAGAGGCGUCAGCAGAUGCACUUAACCGAAGUCGAUAAUGACGAGUACCUGACACUUGUCCCCGAGAAAACUAUUAAAAUCUGGGAGAGCUCCAAAUAUCUUGUGGCAGCUGGCAUACCUUCAAUAGACAACAAGGAGCGGUUUAGAAGGCGUGGGUUGCAACGAUCCACAUGUUGGACAUAUGGUGGUGUUGCCACGAGACGCAAUGAUUUCGCAGGCGAUCUUAUACCAUUAUAUCUUCUCUCCCCUCAUGAGAGAAAUGAUUUCAUCCUCUCCGAUUCCGUGAGGGCUGAGGCACAAAAAAAUCAUGAUAUUAUUGUGCUCCCAACGUUUGAUGUACCCUCAACAAAUGGUAAGGUAAUCGGCGAGUUGCAAAGUUGGGGAAAUGAGGUGGAACUGGUAAUGAGCAAAAAGACAUAUUUGUGGCUCAAAUUCGCCUCGAAUUUUUUUGGAACUGCAACGUAUAUAAUGAAGGCCGAUGAUGAUUUGUUCAUUAGAGUUCCGUAUUAUUUAUCUAGCCUGAAAUUAAUGCCAAAAUAUCGUUUAUACAUGGGUUGGUAUGGCCUAACACCUGAAGUUUUCGUAGACAGAUGGGUUCCAUUUAUAGCAGGAUAUUGUGUUACAUUAUCACGAGAUGUUGCAGAUGGUGUAGUAAAUUACAGUCCACUUGAGCGUUUAGUAAAUACACCUUAUUCGGAAAGUAACAUAGAAGAUUUCCGUGAAAUGGCGAUGUUUAAUGAAGAUGUGAUGGUGGCCGUGACGUUAGGGGAAAAGGUGGGAUAUAGCGAUCUUGUGACGGCUGAUAUUGGUAGAUGCCACUACAUUAGUCAUUUAAGGAGGCGUUUGUCAAAGGUGGUUACAGAAAAAACUAUGGUUGUUCAUCAUAUUAAGGAAAAGGAUUACGGAUAUUUAAUGAAGUUGUUUCCCAACAACUCGGAAACGCCUCCGCCCGUGGUGCUGCAGUGGAAAGACAAAAAUUUCGCUCGUGGGAAAUGCUGA